AUUGCGCACGCGCAAGACCGGGAGCGACGCACGCAAGGCAGACAGAAGGCGUGUCAUGGCGUCAUCAUCGUGCGACCUCAUUCCGGGAGACUGGCGUCCACGGUGUUGAGUUGGUCACAAUGGCAGGUGAAGAAAUGAAUGAAGACUAUCCUGUAGAAAUUCACGAGUCUUUAACAGCCCUGGAGAGCUCCCUGGGUGCUGUGGAUGACAUGCUGAAGACCAUGAUGUCUGUUUCUAGAAACGAGUUGUUGCAGAAGUUGGACCCACUGGAACAAGCAAAGGUGGAUUUAGUUUCUGCAUACACCUUAAAUUCAAUGUUUUGGGUUUAUUUGGCAACUCAAGGAGUUAAUCCUAAGGACCAUCCAGUGAAGCAGGAAUUGGAACGAAUCAGAGUCUACAUGAACAGAGUCAAAGAAAUAACAGACAAGAAGAAGGCUGCCAAGCUGGACAGAGGCGCUGCUUCGAGAUUUGUCAAAAACGCACUCUGGGAACCCAAACCAAAAAACACACCAAAAGUUGCUAAUAAAGGGAAAAGUAAACACUAAUUUUUUGGUUUUGAUGUACAUUUUUCAAAAAGUACAUCAUUUUUAUCAGUUUACAAUGUAGUUAUGUGACCAUGCAGUGUUUAAAUGGACUCCUUUUUGAAUUCAUGUAUAAAUUUACACAUUAAAUUUGUGAUACUGAAUCUUUUUUUGCUGAGAAAGAUUAAGUUGUCUUUAUUGAUUUUCAUAUAAAGCAUCAUGAUGUUUUUAAUAUUGUAAGAUAUUCUAUAAGCAAUUGUGAAAUCCAAAUGUUCUUUGUAAACAUUUGUAGUGUUUUAAGUGAAUAAUGAUAUUAUGAAGUGUGCUGUCUGUAGACUAGACUUAUAAGGACAUCUGUUUUCAGUAAUGAUGAGAAAUGCAAUGACUAAAAUACCCACUAUGUUUUCUGUUCAGUUAGUUCAACAUGUUUCUGUGUUUUUUUUUUUUUUUGAAGUGAUUGCUGUCUUGAUAUUCAAAGCGCAAAACUGAAACCUUAAGGCUGUACUUUAAUUCUUCAUGUUCCGUUUAAAAUAAAAUGUUCUCAUUAACGCUGAUGGAAAAUAGGGUUGUUUGUCCUGGCUGGCUUUGGCUUGAUUCCCUUUUAAUAAAUAUCGUAGCAGUGUAGCUCACUUGCUUCUUGCUGUCCACUGCAUGAGUGAACAUGCCCUCCAGAUGAGGCUGCUGUGAGCAGCUCCACCCAGUAGAGAACAUUUAUGAGUCAUGGCACUCUGUUUUCUUGGUCUCACUCUUAGAAUCUUUCUGACUAAGUAUUUCGUAAGCCAUGUGGAACUUUUAAACUAUCUUCUCUAUUAAAUACUGCCUCUUAGGCAUGGGAGGAAUCAAAUUAUAUUUACAUUCUGAUUUAUUUUUCCAGAGUGUCCCUUAUGAUGAGUUCUACUUAUUAAACCUUUUUAGUGUCUGAGCUCAUGUAACUUUGUUUCUCUGGGCCCACAUUGUCAUGUGUAGGAAUGCUAAGGAUAGCCAAGUUUUUUUCAUUUUUGAGAAUUAGAGUUGUUGAAAUUGUCUGUGACUAAUUUUUAUAACUAACUUUGAUUAUGUGAAUUUCUUGAUUAGGUAGCAGAAUUUGGAAAUGGUGUGAAGUUAUAAUGAACUUUGUAAGGCAUGCUAAAAUCUGGCUCCUAAAGAGUAAGUCAAUAGAUGCAGAAAGUCUUAGCUCUGGUAUCAGAUACUUUGUGAAGUGAAAGAACAUUUAUGAGCAUUUAUAGUUAUUUCACUCUAGGCCAUUUUAAUUCUCUGAUAAUAGUGAAAGUAACUUCAUUAGAGAAAUAAAUGCUUUAUGAAGAUAA